AUGGCUGGCCCCCGGCCCCGAGGUGCUCUGCCCGUGGGGCCGGCGGGGCCUGGGGGUCCUGGGCGGCCGCAGGGGCGGCAGCAGCAGCUGCGGGGGAAGCAGCCCUCAGCGCCAUGGCCCGGACCGCGCAGCAAAGAAAAAAAGAAAGUGAAUUGCAAGCCUAAGAACCAGGAUGAGCAGGAAAUCCCCUUCCGGCUCCGAGAGAUUAUGAGGAGCCGCCAGGAGAUGAAAAAUCCCAUCAGUAACAAAAAGAGGAAGAAACAAGCCCAGGCAGCCUUCAGAAAGACACUGGAGAAGGAAGCAAAAGGAGCCGAGCCAGACAUCGCUGUCCCCAAGUUCCAGCAGAGGAAGUGGGAGUCUGACGGGGCCUACAUCCAGCGAAUGGAGGAGGAGGCCCAGCACGUGCUCUUCCUCAGCAAGAACCAGGUGGCCCGGCAGCCCGAGGUGCAGGAAGCUCCCAAAAAGGAGAAGUCAGAGCAGAAGAAAGCCUUCCAGAAACGGCGGCUGGAUAGACUCCGGCGGCGGAGGGAGGAGAAGGCCGCAGAAAGGCUGGAGCAGGAGCUGCUCCGAGACACAGUGCAGUUCGGCGAGGUUGCCUUGCAGCCCCCAGAGCUGACCGCCCAGCCCAGGACGAGCAGAAGUUGGGGCCAGCCUGGGAAGAAACCGCUGAUGCUGAGGAUGCUUUUGAGCCCGGGUGGCAUGUCCCAGCCUCUGACCACGUCACUGGCCCGACAGCGGAUUACUGGGGAGGAGAGAGAGCGGGCUGUGCAGGCCUACAGGGCACUAAAGAAGCGGCAGCGGGGGGCUCAGUCACUGCAGCCGUCCUGUUCCCCCCACCUGGCUUCCGGGAGGAAGGCAGAGACACAUCUGUGA